AUGGCCCGAGAGUUGCAGGCCGAGUUAAGCCCUAUGGCCGAGUGGGCACAAAGUGGGAGCAAGGCUUCGGUCGAUGCUUUGAUGAACAGCUGGUGCACCCGGCUGGAGAGCCUUGGCUCUCUGUCGUUAGGGCAAGCCAUGCAGAUGAAGCAGACGAUCCAGGAUCUGAGCUUCGAGAGCACCCUGUCAGAACGGUUGCUUGGAAAAGUUGAAGCCAAAGUUCUGGCAACGGCCACGGCUGCAACACCGCCGCCAGAUACUACAUAUACGCCUCACAAGCGAAAGGAGGAAAGCAAGCCGCAGACCUUGCUGAAGCCGGAAAACUUCAUCACGGUCACUGAGUGGUCUAUGCUGGAAAAGUCGCCAGCACCGGCAAGGCUGGAAAUCCUUCUGAAAAGGUAUCUGCAGCUGGGCCUGAGGAACCUCACAGAACAGACGGUCAAGAAAGGCCUGGCCUUCCUCUUGGCACUGGCAGCCGGCGAGCUCAGUCAGAUGCCGACAUAUGAAGAGAUCUACGAAGAGGUCCAGGUCUUCAAGAGAUCUUGGGAAUCCGUGAAAACGGAUGCAGAGCCGACUGAGGUCGGCCUGCUCACGUAUCCCGAUGACCCCAGCAGCUUGCCGAAGGCUCUGUUCGACCGAGCCUACAAGGCUGAGGACCCGCCCAUGGGCAAAGACGUGAGGGCUGGGAUCUGGCUAGCUCACAUUCCGAUGCGAUCUACUUCCAAGCUCUUGCAGAAGAACAAGAAGCAGAGGCUGCCGAGGCCAGAUGGCCAGGCCGCCGUGUCUGAGCAGCAUGCGAACGAGUUCCAGAGCCGCAUGGAGCAGUGCUUCGGGCGACUGGAAAGAAUGCUGGACCAGGGCUGCGGUCAGAAUGCCAUCCAGGAUGGUGGGCGAAGGGAGCUGCAGCUUGCUGCAGGCGCAAGAGGCGAGAUGAGCAGCAGCAGUGCCGGGGUCGGCUUUGCUCUGGGCAACCCAGCCCAGCCGGUUUCGGCUGCGACACAGCAGACCUCGCCAGGGCGACAGUCGGCCUUGCAGCUAGCCCUGCCUCCAGCCGAAGAACCCGAAGCAACGGAGUCGCUCCCUGCCGAGAACGAUCUCGAGGACGAAGCUUUGUUCAAGAAGCUCAAAGAUCGCAAAGCUGGGAUUCUGAAGAAGCCGGCCGCUGCAGCUGCAGCGAGUGGCCAAGGAAACUUGGCAAAGAACAAGACAAAAACGAAUGGCCAAGGCCAAGAUCCAAAGAAGAAGGGCAGCGGCAAAGGCAAAGGAAAGUCCAACGACAAGAGUGCUUCGAAGAAAGGCCAAGGCAAAGCAAAGGAGCAGCAAGCCCAAGGCUCGCAUGGAAAGCGGAAGUUCCAAAUUGUCUGGGAGGACGGCUGCAUCCAGAAGAACUAUGCUUCUCGCAUGUACAAGCGAGCCGGAACGUGGGCAAAGCACCAAGGCUUCUCGGAGCAGCAAGUGGUAGAGUGCCAGCGAGAGGCCCACAGAGAGGCCAUUCUGCUGUGGAAGAAGAAGAACGGCUGCUAA